GGAACUUUUUACCUUUACGGCAUUGUUAUUCAGGCUUACAACAACCCAUUGCCAGUGUAUUCAAAGCUAUGUCUGAUACAACAUUGGACAAUGCUCGAAGCACGAAAUUCCUGCCCAGGGGUCACCCAAAGCCCUAUUUAUAUAUCCUAGCCGCCAUACCAGUGGUUGUUCUUUUCAAGAGUAUCUUUUCCACACUUUUCUUGUUCUUUCUGGGUGUUUUGUUUUCCAUGGGGACAUAUCUCUACCUCCUGUUGUUCAUAGACCUUCCGCUGGUAUACACUAAUCCGCGGUAUGCCCGUGACAUACAACACAAACUACCGCGGCUUGCAUUUCUGGUGGACUCUCGAGGCGAAGACCAUUUAUUUGAGGAACUAGAAGGAAUGUUACAGACCAAGGGUUUACAGGAGUUGGUUACACGGCCUAUAUUCGACAACUCAUUCUUGAUCUCAGAGGCCUUGGAUCAACUUUUGGAGUUGAUCAUCCUGAACUUCGUCACCUCCUGGUACAAGAGCAUUUCCAAAACGUGCCUAGAUACUGAUGACGUGUUUGUGGACCACCUAAAACUUUGCUUGCAAGAAGUGACGAAGAAGUUGCAGAGCAGGCUUGGGAAGAUCGACUACCCUGGGUUAGCCAUCUCCCACAUCUUACCCAUUGCUACGGAUCACUUCAAUCUGUUCUUGGCUGCGGAGGAGGCCGUCAAGGGCAAGGCUUUGAAACUCCAAGAUCCCCAUGAUGUAGAAAUAUCUGUGGCUAUGAAAUACAACCGCGGUCACACCCAUCCCGCCGUAGGCUUCAAAAACAAAAGCGCCGAACGAGCAGAACACUUGAGAAAAAAAAUUGACCAGGUCCUUCCGCUCUUGCUAGCCACAACCGAAGUCAACUGUCACCCAGUCCGGAUCCUUGUUCGGGAGCUUUUGUCCAAUGUUGUCCUUUUACCUGCUCUUUCGAUGGCUAUCGACCCGGACUUCUACAACCAAUUGAUAGUGAAGGUUAUCGGGGCGGGUAUCCAGGAGAGAGACCAGGUAGAGAAAGUUAGGGCCACCUUGGAUGAGCACGCCACUCAUACUCUCAAGGCUAAGAGAAGUAUGUUACAAUUGAACCCACAAAAAAUGAAUUCUGCCCCAGACACGCUUCGCAUCGAGAAGGACAUGGAUGACACCGCAUAUCAGAACGUCAUAUCCAUUAUCAGCAAAUCCACUUCAUUGUUCUUUCUCAAGGAAUUAAAAACCCACCUUAAACAAGAGAUAUCCACGUGCGACACCAACAUCCAGUCGAACGAGUACUACUUUAAAAAGCUUUUUAUUAUCAACCAGGUGGUUGAGGAACGUUUGGCAACUCUCACCGGAGAUGAGGUAGCGAAUCAGUCUGUGGACUCCCGCAAAGACGCAGACCUCCUGGCAAUACCGACCGAGGCAGAUGAAAAUUUCCUCGCUGUACUCAAGGACCCCCAGUCCGUGAAGCUGUUCUCCGAGUAUAUGAACCAUAAGGGAAGAGGUGUCUUAUUGAAGUAUUGGGUUGCGGUGGACACUAUGCGGAACCCUCUUGAGGAUCGAUUUGAAGAAGGCGAGUCAGGAAGUGAACUCGAAAUGACAGAUGAACAAGCAGUAUUCUCUGGAACCAUGACUAGCUCUGAGAUGGAAAGUACUCGCACUCAGAUAGCGGCUAUUUUUACCGCCUUUAUUGCUCCAACGGCUUCGAGAAAUAUUCUUCGGAUUUCUCAGCCUGUUUACGAAGUCAUCCAGGAGUUUACAAAGUCAAGCACCUCGUCGGGUAUAUCAAAGGCAAAGGGAUCCCUCUUCACGCUCCAGCGACAGGUUUACGUACGCAUGAAAGUGAGCGAUUUCAAGAUGUUUCAGAAGUCCCGCGAGUACCAAAGGAUUUUUCUUUCCAAGGCUUCACAGUCAACAGUGGCAUCGAAAAAACGGAUUUCUACGCUAGAUUCUCCGACCAAGCUUUGCAUGACUCCAGGUAUUCCUUCGCUAGAUAAUGGCAUCAGUGAAAAUGUGUUAAAGGCGGUUGAGGCUGCGUUAAAUGAAAUCAUGUGCGAAAAAUCGGAUGUGAAUUCCUUAUUAACCAUAAAGAAACAGCAAGACCACAUCAAAGCGCUAAACUCUUCCCGCCGCCCUCUCUCCCACUUGCUGUCAGACUCGUUUCCGAAUCUCAAGGUCAGUGCUAGCACCGAUCUAGAGAUGGGUUUUGUGGGCUCGACAAGCAACCCAGUCUUGGAUGCUAUGAGUCGAUCUGAUGAUUCCUUGAAAAAGAGUCUAUUUGCGGAAGACGGUCCCCAAUCAACCGAAAUGACAGAUAGUGACUACUCUGAAAUGGAGCGCAGCCGUAACUCUAUCUUAUUUAGCGAUGAAUUGCAUGGUAGUUUGUUCGAAGAUUACGAUCCUGACUCUGACGAUCCUAACUUCAUCGAUGGCAUAGCACUAGAUGAAUCCUCCAUCUUUGCCGGUUCGGACAACGGCGAAAGAGAUGCUAACGAUUUGUUAUUGGCGGGUCCGGGAAAUUUGAGCCUUACAGAGGAGAUUGUGAAGUUGAACGAUGACAUCGAGCGCUUGAAUGAGCAGCUCACCAUUUUGGAACCCAUGUUGAAGAAAGCCGAAUUGACUAAUAAUGUGCUCGAAUUACGUAUCUUGCGCAAAUCCAAGUCAAGUUUACACCGUGAAAUUCAGAUUAAGGAUCUCCAGAGACAACAGUUUAUUGUGCAAGAAAAUGACAACUCCUUGUAUGGUAAAUCCAAAGUCAAGAUCCAGUCGUUUAUUAAGGAUGCUGACGGCAGUGGAAAAAGGUUUUAUUUAUACAUCAUUGAGGUUCAGAAGUUGACCCACCAAAGGAGACAGGCGGACUUGGGCAGUGCCGAAAAGGGAGAAACUGCUGGUGAGGACAAAAUCACUGCUGGGUGGAUUGUGGCGAGGCGAUUCAGCCAGUUCUACCAAUUAAACGAGUACUUGAAGAAAUUGUACCCGUCUAUCGCCAACAUCAAAUUUCCCGGAAAAAAGGUGGUGAUGCGCUUUCAAGAGAAGCAGUUGGUUGAGAUGAGAAAGCACAAGCUAGAAGCUUACUUGCAAGAAUUGUUAAAGUAUCCUGAGGUGUGUCAAAAUCGGGUAUUCAGAUUGUUUCUCUCUUCGGAAGUAUUUGAGCGAAGCAGUAGCAAGAACGGGUCAUCUAAAAACAAGCCAAUGGCGCAUUCCACGUCUUCCAGAGUCGAGGUUGAAUCUGUUGUCAACAAGCUAUACAACAACUAUUUCUCGCUUGGUUACACAAAUGGCUUGUCGGUGGGCGAUAUUCUGCUCCAAAACGGUGAGCAGGUAAAGGACUUGCAGAUGGAGCUAAACAGCUACGAAGAUUCUGACAAAGUAGGAGGCUCGUUUGUGAAGCCGAUUUGCGACCUACUUACGUCCAUUUUUCGCCUCAACGACAAGAAUAACGGCUGGCUCCGAGGCCGCGCGGUCCUAGUGUUACUCCAGCAGAUCUUGGGUAGCACCAUCGAAAAAACUUGCAAGGAGAAAAUCGGAACGUUCUUCACCAGCGAGACGAAGAUUUUGGACAAUAUCACUUCCUUGAAAACAGCUCUUUUCCCUCACAACAAGUUUAGAGAACUGGGUCCCCCUCGAACGACGGUUGAAAAGAGUAAUUGUCGGUUGGAAUCGAGGGUAUUAUUGGAAUCAAUGGUUGUGGAUUCGUGCGGGAAGAUUUUUGGCAGAAGUAACUCCAAGUGGGCUGGGAACAAGGUCUUUGAUAUGUUGCAGAACGAACUAUUGAAUACCCAUCUAGUGUUUGAAAUUUUUGACGAGAUUUUGGACGAGGUAUUCCCCGAAUUGAAAGAAUCCAGAAGUUAGAGACUGAGAGUGUAUAUUGAUAUUAAUAUUAUGGCCGCCUCAAAUUC